GGGAGGGGAGGCUGCCGUCUGCCUUCCGCUUCUCGCCAGGAUUGACACACAAUGAGGAGCCAAGGCAGGGGAGACGCUCCGCAAACCCUGCUGUAAAUAAAAACAACAAUCACUGAGGCCAGUGAACCAUGGAGAAUCAGUGCACAGUGCAGGUGAAACUGGAGUUGGGCCACAGAGCUCAGCUGAGGAAGAAAGUAACAUCAGAGGGCUUCACUCACGACUGGAUGGUUUUUGUCCGAGGGCCAGAGAAUGGCGACAUCCAGCACUUUGUAGAUAAAGUUGUCUUCCGACUACAUGAGAGCUUCCCCAAACCCAAGAGAGUGUGCAAGGAGCCUCCAUACAAAGUGGAGGAGUCGGGAUACGCAGGCUUCCUGAUGCUGAUUGAAGUUUACUUCAAGAACAAGGAAGAGCCAAAAAAGGUGUGUUUCAACUACGACUUGUUUCUGAAUUUGGAGGGCAACCCUCCUGUUAACCAUCUGCGCUGCGAGAAGCUCACCUUCAACAACCCCACCAAAGAUUUCAGGAAAAAGCUGAUCAAAGCUGGAGGGGUAAUGGUGGUUCCAGAGGUGGCUGAAGCAGUGUCGAGGCCCAGUCCAGACUAUCCAAUCCUCCCCACCAUCCCCCUCUCAGCCUUCUCAGAUCCCAAGAAAACCAAGACCUCUCAUGUGUCAAAGGAAGCCAGCAAAGAAGGAGGUAGUGGCAGCAGCAAAGGACCCAAACCGCACAAGAUGACCAAGGAGCACCGUGAAAGACCCCGAAAAGACUCAGAAAGCAAAUCCACAUCAAAAGGGGACAAUGACAGAGAAGGAAGCAGCAAGAAUGCACGUGACUCUUCCUCAUCUUCAAAAAAGCCAUCAGACAUCAAAGUUAAAGAUGAUGUAAAAGUCAUGCCCAAGGCAGCCUUCAAGGAGCCCAAACUCACCCUGAAGGAGUCAAAGAUGGAGGGUAUGUCUCCUAAAGGAGGGGGGGCUGGAAGUGGAGGGGGCGGUGGUGGAGGUGGGGGAGGAGGAGGCUCUGCAGAUUCCAAAGCCCCCAGCAAAAGACCUUCUACUGUGGAGUCCCCCAAACCCAGUGCGAAGAAGCAGAAAAAAGGCAGCUCCGAGGGACCUAAAGGCGGUGCUUUCACGGGGUCCCCUCGUGUAUCGUCGUCAUCUGCUGCCAGUCAACCUUACACAGACAAGAAACACUCCAAGGAAAAAGGUCGCUGGGCCAAAGGUAAAAAUGACACACAGGAUGUGAAAGAACCCAAAAAACUUCACGAAUCUGAAGAGUCGAAUUCAGAGGAUGAAGCAUCUUCGAAAUCUGAGCAAUCAGCUCCAUCCAGUCCUUCAAACUCAAGUUCUAGCUCCGACUCGAGCUCCGACUCUGACUUUGAGCCCGGACAGAAACCAGGACAAGGUCCCCUGCGAUCCAUGGUGGAGGAAAUCCAGUCAGAGGAGUCAGACGAUGAUGACAGCAGCUCCGAGGAGGGGACCCCUGUCAAGGCCAAUCCCCCCAAUCGCGACUCUCGAUUGAGCCUGGACAGCGAGAGUGACAGCAGUGACUGUUCGCACCGCCCCAGUCGAGACCCUGCACCACCCCCACAGAAACACAGCUCUUCCAAUAAUAAAGUGUCUGGCAGAAAGAGUCCAGACUCCUCGUUCCGUUCUGAGAAGAUGUUGAAGAAGGGAUACGACAAGGUAGGAAGGGCCUACACCGAAGAAUUAGUAGACCUCCACCGCAGACUGAUGGCUUUAAGGGAGAGGAAUGUCCUACAGCAGAUCGUCAACCUAAUUGAGGAGACGGGCCACUUCAAUGUGACCAAUACCACCUUUGACUUUGACCUCUUUUCACUGGACGAGUCCACUGUUCGCAAACUACAGAGCUACCUGGAAGCGACAGCCACGUGACAAGAAGCGAAGCGGGAGGUGGAAUCGUCCCCUCGAGGAGCGGCCCGUUCGUCGGCCCGUCCGAAUCGCUGAACGGCAGCCGUACGUGUAAGAACAAAGAAGCACACACUGGGAGACGCCGCGUCUCCACGUGACACCAACGAAGGGCGGCGGGGAACUGACAGAGGAAGAGGAGGAAGGAGUGAAUUGGAAAAGCCAUGAUGACGCCUCGAGAGGAAGUCAACUCCAGGAAUUUCUCGUUUUUCAACUACAAACCUGUGGAUUUUGCCCUGAAUUCCUCGCACUCCCGCACUUACGUUGCCCUCUCUUCAGUUACUCUUCCCGUUCACACUCCUCAGAUCACUCCACUUCCCUUCUAGCUGCUUUCAGUUUCAGCCGGCCUUCACAGUUACUGACUCUUCAUUUAGAACGCGCACGCUGGCUGUACAUGUAGAAGCGUGCUGAAGACGUGUGGCAUCUCUGCUUUCCCGACAUCUCAACAUGCAUCAUGUUGACUUCCCCUUUGCACUGAAAGAUGAGCUAUGACCCUCCUCCUCCUCCUCUUUGUCCAAAUGCAACCCCCUCCAGCCCCACAACCCCCAACUGCAUCCCUCCCAUGUCAGCGUGCACCAAAGGGCUCCACUGCUGGUCGCCGGUGUGCUCCUGAAUUGCCUACUGGUGGGUUUUAAAAACUAACAAAAGUAGCCAUACUCGUCUCCCAGUAUCCAAAAAUAAGAAAAAGUAGGGGCCAUGCGUCCCCCCUUUUGUUGUUGUUUUUUUGAUUUUUUUUUUUUUUUACAUUUUAUUUUUCUACAAAUGCAUUUGUGUUUCUACUCCCAGAUUUGCGGUUAAUGACUCGUGAGCUAUGAAUGUAUAUCGCUUUUAUUUUUCUACACCCAACAGCAACAAGCCCACUCUAGUGCCUUUCUGCAGUGUAUGGUGGGUGUCAAAAAUCCCCCCCCCCCCUUCACUUUCUGAAAGGGGAAGAUCAAGUGUUAAUCGGGCUGCCUGAUUAUCCAGUAUUGUCUUAAUGGCUUCCUCCUUCUUCCUCAGUGUCCUUGUAGGCCGUUGACCCUCAUAGCCAUUCCUCUUCAUCUGUGUAGAAACUGUACAAUAAUUUAGCUGGUGUUCAUGAACUUGCUUUGAGGCACGAGCUCAAUGUGUCAUGUUGGGCUCCAGAAUAUCAACUAGUUGUAGUAACUGUUGACCUGGGCUGCUGUGAAUCUUGGCGAGUGGCUUCCUUCGACACCGUCCCCGUAAAGGUUUACAAUCCCUUACGGAGAUCACGAAAUGGCAGCAAAUUGCUACAUUUCAGGAUAAAUGAAGCUUUUCCUUCUCACUUCAACUGAGAUGACAUACAGUUGUGGCCAAAAGUAUUGGCACCCCUGCAAUUCUGUCAGAUAAUGCUCAAUUUCUCCCAGAAAAUGAUUGCAUUUACAAAUGCCUAGGUAGUAAUAUCUUCAUUUAUUUGGCUUUCAAUGAAAAAACACGAAAGAGAAUGGGGGGGAAAAAUCAUUACCAUUUUACACAAAGCUCAAAAAAUGGGCUGGACAAAAGUAUUGGCACCCUUUGAAAAACCAUGUGAUGCUUCUCUAAUUACUUACCUGUGGCACAUAACAGAUGGUGGCAACAACUAAAUCACACUGUUAAAAUGGAUUAAAGUUGACUCAACUUCUGUCUUGCCUCCUUGUGUGUUUGUUUUUGAGCAUGAAGAAAAGAAAGAAGACCAAACAACUGUGUGAGGACUUGAGAAGCAAAAUUGUCAUGAAGCAUGGGCAAUCUCAAGGCUACAAGUCCAUCUCCAAAGACCUGAAUGUUCCUCUGUUUACCGUGCGCAGUGUCAUCUAUAAGUGUAAAGCCCAUGGCACUGUGGCUAACCUCCCUAGAUGUGGACUUAUAAGAAAAAUUGACGAAACAUUUCAACGAAAGAUUGUGCAGAUGGUGGAUAAAGAAACUUGACUAACAUCCAAAUAACUUCAAGCUGUCCUGCAGUCCGAGGGUACAACAAUGUCAACUCGUACUAUCCGUCGGCGUCUGAAUCAAAAGGGACUCUAGGAUAGGAUACCCAGGAAAACCCCACUUCUGACCCAGAGACAUAAAAAAGCCAGGCUGGAGUUUGCAAAACUUACCUGAGAGGCCAAAAAACGUUUUGGAAGACAAAAGUAGAGCUUUUUGGGAAAAAGUAUCAACAUAAGAGUUUACAGGGAAAAAACGAGGCCUUCAAAGAAAAGAGCAGUGUCCCUACAGUCAAACAUUGCGGAGGUUCCCUGAUGUUUUGGGGUUGCUUUGUUGCCUCUGGCACUGGAUUGCUUGACCGUAUGCAUGGCAUUAUGAAGUCUGAAGACUACCAACGAUUUUUGUAGCAUAAUGUAGGGCCCAAUGUGAGAAAGCUGGGUCUCCCUCAGAGGUCAUGGGUCUUCCAGCAGGACAAUGACCCAAAACACACUUCAAAAAGCAAUAGAAAAUGGUUUGAGAGAAAGCACUGGAAACUUCUAAAGCUGCCAGCAAUGAGUCCAGACCUGAAUCUCAUAGAACACUUGUGGAGAGAUCUGAAAAGGGCAGUGUGGAGAAGGCACCCUUCAAAUCUCAGAGACCUGGAGCAGGUGACCAAAGAGGAAUGGUCUACAAUUCCAGCAGAGCAUUGUAAGAAACUCAUUGAUGGAUACCAGAAGCGGUUGUUCGCAGUUUUUUCGUCUAAAGGUUGUGCUACCAAGUAUCAGGCUGAGAGUGCCAAUACUUUUGUCGGGCCCACUUUUGGAGUUUUGUGUAAAAUGCUAAUGAUUUCAUUUUUUUUUUUUUCCAUUCUCUUUUGUGUUUUUUCGUUGCAAGCAAAAUAAAUGAAGAUAUUAUUACCAAAGCAUUUGUAAUUGCAAUCAUUUUCUGGGAGAAAUUGAGCAUAAUCUAAUAGAAUUUCAGGGGUGCCAAUACUUUUGGCCAGCAGUGUACCGUCGCGUUAUUAUUAGGAGUGGGAACCUCUUGGUACCUCACGAUACGAUACGAUUUGCGAUACAAAGCUCACGAUAACGAUGAUCUGACGAUAUGGCGAUACAGUGAUUAUCGAUACAUUGGUCAGGAAAUCAUUCUAGGAUAUUUUACAAACAACUAAUAAUCAGAAUAACAAGCUUUUGCUGAGAAUUGGAAUGAGUUUAUCACUAGUAGACGUUCAAUCUGUCUGAACAUCAUCGUUAUCGUGAGCUUUGUAUCGCAAAUCGUAUUGUAUCGAGAGGUAACAAGAGGAUCCCACUCCUACUGUCAAUGCAGCCUUAGAAUUAUCUGAGACAGUAUUACUGUGGAAGAUUUUGGUAGCAACUUGUUGGUUCUUUUAAUUUUUUUUUGUUAAACAUUGACACCUUUUAUAUCUCAAUUCUUGGCAGGAGCAUAUCGAUAACCUUUUGAGAUACAAAGUAUAUACUAGUCCUCAAAAAAUUAGCAUAUUGUGAUAAAGUAAAUUAUUUUCUGUAAUGUACUGAUAAACAUUAGACUUUCAUAUAUUUUAGAUUCAUUACACACAACUGAAGUAGUUCAAGCUUUUUAUUGUUGGAAUAUUCAUGAUUUUGGCAAAAUAGUCAAGAAAAAACAAAAAUCCCCAUCUAAAAAAAUUAGCAUAUUUCAUCCGACCAAUACAAAAAAGUGUUUUUUAAUACAAAAAAAAGUCAACCUUCAAUUAAUUAUAUCAGCUUUGCACUCAAUACUUGGUCGGGAAUCCUUUUGCAGAAAUGACUACUUCAAUGCUGCGUGCCAUGGAGGCUAUCAGCCUGUGGCACUGCUGAGGUGUUAUGGAGCCCCAGGAUGCUUCGAUAGCGGCCUUAAGCUCAUCCACAGUGCUGGGUCUGGUGUCUCUAAACUUCCUCUUCACAAUAUCCCACAGAUUCUCUAUGGGGUUCAGGUUAGGAGAGUUGGCAGGCCAAUUGAGCACAGUAAUGCCAUGGUCAGUAAACCCAUCUACCAGUGAUUUUGGCACUGUGAGCAGGUGCCAGGUCGUGCUGAAAAAUGAAAUCUUCAUCUCCAUAAAGCUUUUCAGCAGAUGGAAGCAUGAAGUGCUCCAAAAUCUCCUGAUAGCUAGCUGCAUUGACCCUGCCCUUGAUAAAACACAGUAGACCAACACCAGCAGCUGACAUGGCACCGCUGACCAUCACUGAAUGUGGGUACUUGACACUGGACUUCAGGCAUUUUGGCAUUUCCUUCUCCCCAGUCUUCCUCCAAACUCUGGCACCUUGAUUUAUGAAUAACAUGCAAAAUUUGCUUUCAUCUGAAAAAAGUACUUUGGACCACUGAGCAACAGUCCAGUGCUGCUUCUCUGUAGCCCAGGUCAGGCGCUUCUGCCGCUGUUUCAGGUUCAAAAGUGGCUUGACCUGGGGAAUGCGGCACCUGCAGCCCAUUUCCAGCACACGCCUGUGCACAGUGGCUCUGGAGGUUUCUACUCCAGACUCAGUCCACUGUUUCUGCAGGUCCCCCAAGGUCUGGAAUCGGCCCUUCUCCACAAUCUUUCUCAGGAUGCGGUCACUUCUUCUGGUUGUGCAGCCUUUCCUGCCACACUUUUUCCUUCCCACAGACUUCCCACUGAGGUGCCUUGAUACAGCACUCUGGGAACAGCCUAUUCGCUCAGAAAUUUCUUUCCGUGUCUUAGCCUCUUGCUUGAGGGUGUCAGUGAUGGCCUUCUGAACAGCAGUCAGGUCGGCGGUCUUGCCCAUGAUUGCGGUUUUGAGUAAUGAACCAGGCUGGGAGUUUUUAAAAGCCUCAGGAAUCUUUUGCAGUUGUUUUGAGUUAAUUCGUUGAUUCACAUGAUUUGGUUAGUAGCUUCUUUAGAGUACCUUUUCAUGAUAUGCUAAUUUUUUUAGAUAGGGCUUUUUUGGUUUUUCUUGACUUUUAUGGCAAAAUCAUCAAUAUUAAAACAAUAAAAGGCUUGAACUACUUCAGUUGUGUGUAAUGAAUCUCAAAUAUAUGAAAGUCUGUUUAUCAGUACAUUACAGAAAAUAAUGAACUUCAUCACAAUAUGAUAUUUUUUUUUAGAAGGACUAGUAGUAUCACCAUUUCGAUAUUUUGUCACACCCCUAGUUAUGACAGCCAAAUGUUGACGUGAGAAGCACCACAGCAGCCCACCGAAGUCGAGGUCCACACCUUCGCCACUCUGCCUUUUGUGUAUUCAUUCUGAUCUUUGUGUAGCUUUAAUACUUGCGUCUGCCUGCGUGCCGCGGGAGCCGUCCCUCCGCUCGCCAAUUGGAAAUAGGCUCACCCGGACCUUUGCUCGCCCCCUGGCCCUCCUAAACAUACACCCUGUGCCUCUGUCAAGAAAACCUGCAACUCCGCUUUGAGCGAGUGGACGACAAGCAUCCUCUUCUCCGUGUACGUCCUAGUUCAUGAACUCUGACCGUUUGACCCGCUCCUCUUUUGGCCCCUCGCCGUGGUGACCGGGUCAGUGGCGUAGACGCAGACUCUAAGAGAAGCCCACAGUCAAUGUUUUAUUUAUGGACCUCUGCACUUUUGGCUGUGAUGACUUCAGUACUUACAGUAGUUCCCUAUACUGUAUUUUUAAGGAUUUUAUACUAUAUUUACAUGCAAUAUAUUAUUAGAUUAUUUUUUUUCCUCCAACUUGUUUUUGUUUAUUUAAUUGUCUUGAAAUUGGGCGUGCUCUGUCACUAUUAGUCACCAACAAACAUGCCUCUUUAAGCUAAUUUUUGGCCUAAACUGUUUUUUUUUUUCUGGGACGUUCCCCUGUAUUUUUUUGUGUAUCUUCACGACAGCUGAGCACCAAGAAGCAGGUGUCACAGAUGUUUGCUGGAUGACCUCAACUUAAUCACUGUCUGCUUCCAGUCACAAUAACUGGACCAGAGCGAGGACUCCACACUUUAGUUCAGGGAGCUAUUAAGCGAAAAACAAAAUGUCAUUUUUAAGGGGGUUUUGUUUGUUGUACGGUUUGCCUUCCCUCGGCAUAAACGCAUUAUAGGAAAGAAGCAGGACUGAAGGCAUUUGUACUGUGUGAGAAAAUUACACUUGGACAAUACAGCUAAGGUCCUGAAUUUGUCUUUUCACUACAAAUGAAAAGGAAAAAAACUUGAGUCCAAAUGUAGGAUGGGCACGUGUGUAUUUAUAAAGAUUCAUUUCUUUGACUGGGGUUAUCAUAAAACGGAGGCUGUGAGGAAAAACUGGCAUCUCUAUGUGGUCAAAGUCGAACAAACCAACUGGAGGCCACAUGAGCAACUGUGUGAUCAAAAAGACAAGCUUGGCAUAGGAAUGCCACCAUGUGGCUAUAUGACGCAAGUUGUCAUAGACAAAACAUGUUUUUUUUUUUUAUUAUUAUUAUUAUUUUGGAAUCAUCAUAAUAAAGUCAUGAAGUACUGUUGUCACGGUGUUUCGUCAUUGACCGUCGGAUGACCUGGCCACGGGGUUCAUGUGGAGGUCAGUUGGCUGCGUAUGGGGUGAAAAGGACAUGCAGUGCUGCCGGAUCUGGGCCAUCAAGCUCUGAAUAUCCAGGGGGGAUGUUAAGAGCCAAUUAGAGCACUGUGAUGGAAGCACCACUGUCACAAAUUCCCAUUUUAGAGAUUUGACUUGUGAUCCCGUUGACCGUAAGUGACCUUUGGUACAUCACUUUAGGCAUGGUCAUACUCUGCAACUGUUAACAAUUGUAUCUAAAUUUGUAGGUAGGGUUGUUCCAAUCAUGUUUUUUUGCUCCCGAUCCGAUCCCGAUCAUUUUAGUUUGAGUAUCUUAGCAUUUUAGCUUAGUAUUUUAGCAAAAAAAGUCCAGAAAAACCAAAAAUCCCUAUCUAAAAAAAAAAGCAUA